AUGCGCGCAGAUGACAAGAUGGCUGUCAUACCAAUGUUGGCAACCUCCCAUGCCGUCUACUCUAGAUCCUCGUCCAUCGUGCCCACUACCAUGCCCCUUUUUGUGGUCCCAGUAUCCUCUUCCGCAAAUCUAUAUGCCUUCGUCAAUGUAUAUGCUUGUAGUGUUCACCGAAGACCCGUGUUAUCCCACCUGAUCGUUCAAGGCUGA